AUGGCAUUGGACCCGAAAAACGAUCCGCUGAAAGAGCCAGUGACGCCCCCGGGAUGGAGAGCGAAAUUCGACGAUAAAUAUAACACUUGGUUCUAUGUGAACUUGGACACGAAGAAAUCCCAGUGGGAGGCGCCCGCAGGAAGCCGUUUUCCAGCAGACGACAUCGACAAAAUCGAACCCCCGGCUUAUAGUCCUUCCCAGGGAAAAAGCGCCGCCACGGAUCAAAGAAAUGCCAGCCAAAAUAUGAGUGGGAGCCAAUAUCAAGCGUCUGCGCAGGACACCAGUCGUCAGCAAGGCUACGGCGGCUACUCACAACAGCAACCCAAUUAUGGGGGGUAUCCCCAACAGGGCUAUGGUGGAUAUCCUGCGCAGGGUGGCUACAUGCAACCGGGCUAUGGCGGGUAUCCCCAACCAGGCUACGGACAAUACCCACAGCCUUAUCCACAACAGUACCCACCACAAGCACGCCAGCAGAAAAACAGCCGUUUCGGAGGAGGAUCAGGCAUGGCCAUGGGCGCGGGAGCAGGUCUUUUGGGUGGUUUGCUCAUAAGCGAUGCUAUCCACGACGGACAGAUGGAUGCUUACGAACAAGGUUACGACAAUGGCUACGAGAAUGGCGACAACGGUGGGGGCGAUUUUGGGGGCGGCGAUUUUGGGGGCGGAGACUUCGGAGGCGGUGACUAA